AUGAGAACCAUUGCCUCCACCGGUCUCUCUCUCGGCCUUGCCUCUAUGGCGAGUGCUGUUAUGUAUGGAUACAACCACGUUCCCGUCGUGCCGGACACUGAGAUAGUCGCCGGUGCUUUCGAGAACGUCAACAAUGUUAAGCUCCUGUCCCCAGCUUUUGUUACACCCAAUGCCCGGCUUCCUGGUUUUCCCAACGGCACUCAAGGGUCGUCCUCUCAAAAUGACAUGGAGGCAUUUCUCGAGCAACUGGCCGAUCGCAACGAUUACAUGACCUAUCGCACUGCGAACUUCACCUCGGAGGAGGGCCGCUCUUUCCCCUACGUUCACCUCUCCGCCAGUCGCAGCAGCUCCCUCCGCCGCGAUGGUUCCGCCUCUAAAGUGCGCGUGUGGAUCCAGGGCGCCGUUCAUGGUAACGAGCCCGCGGGCGACGAGGCCACACUUGCGCUCCUUGGCAAGUUCGACGAGGACCAGGAGUGGGCUGCCUCGAUUCUUGACGAGCGCACUCUAGCGACGAACUAUGACCCCAAUCGCGAUCAUAUCAAGCUUGCUCGCCAACAGACGCGUGAUAUCAAACAGCUCAUGAACAACUUCAAUCCCCAUGUUGUAGUCGAUAUGCACGAGUAUGGUGCGCCGUCACGUUUUGGCGAGGGGCAGUACGUCCACGGGUCCGACGGUCUGUACUCGGCCGCCAAGAACCUCAAUAUCAAUGAGCGGAUCCGCAACCUCGCCGAGGAGCUCUUCGCGAAGAAUAUCGGUGAAGAUAUGGAAGCCGUUGGUCUGCGUGCCGAGCCAUAUGUGACCGGCUCUUCUGCUUCGGGUUCCGAAUUCGUCGCCGACUUCGCCGAGGCGGGCACUGAUGGCAAGAUUGGUCGCAAUGCUAUGGGCCUCACCCAGGCCGUUGUCUUCCUGCUUGAGAUGCGUGGCAUUGCCAUCGCCGACCAGGAGUUCCAGCGACGCACUGCCGCCGGCCUGACCAUGCUGGGCAGUAUUGUCCAGACUGCGGCCGAUAAUGCCGAUCAGGUGUUCAAGACCGUCGAAGACGGCAUCAAAGAGUUUAUCGCGUCGGACGGCGAUAUUAUCCUCACUGACUACAGCAAGACUGAGAUUCGCCCCUUCACUAUGGUCGACGUGAAGAAUGGUAGCGUGGUCUACCCUCCCGUACGCUUCGCAUCAACGACCCCCGCCGUCGCUAACCUCACUCGCUCCCGCCCUGAGGCCUACCUUAUCCCCGUGGCCUGGGCCGACCUCGCCAAGCGCCUUGAAGUGCUGGUAGACACCUCCUACUACGAGGGCGUAAUUCGCGUGACGGCGACGACGGAAGCCAGUGAGCGCGAGCUAAGGCUGUCGAAAGGUAGCUUUCGCGUGAGCACAAGACAGAAAAAUGCGGCGCUGGCGAUGGUGGCACUAGAGCCGGAGAACAUUGACUCCUAUGUCUCGUUCAACAUUGUGCCAGUGAAGAAGUCCGAUGAGUACCCGAUCUAUCGAAUAAUGUCUUAG